UGCCUUGGAGUCGUUCAUGCAUGCAGCUCUAUAAAUACCCAUGCGCCGUCCUCCCCUCUAGCCCACAUCUCAUUCCUCACUUCCCGAUCUCAUCCUAACAACCAUGGCUAAGACUAAGUUUGUUGCUCUUUCCUUCAUAGUUUUGCUGAGCAUCGGCCUCUCCGAGGCAGGCCGAGCCUUGACAUCUUCAGGUGGAGGUGGUGGUGGAGAAGGCGGCGGGGGAGGUGGUGGCUCUGGAAACGGCUCCGGUUCAGGCUAUGGUUCCGGCUCCGGGUAUGGUGAAGGAGGUGGAUCCGGGGCUCAUGGUGGUGGGUACGGAAGAGGUGGAGGCGGCGGUGGCGGAGGCGGUGAAGGGGGAGGUAGCGGAGCUGGCUAUGGGUCCGGAAGCGGGUACGGGUCUGGCUCUGGAUAUGGCGCCGGUGGUGCGCACGGUGGAGGUUAUGGAAGCGGUGGAGGUGGUGGAGGUGGCGGCGGCUCCGGCGGAGGGAAUGGAAGUGGAAGUGGAUCGGGCUAUGGAUCCGGCAGUGGCUCAGGGUACGGCCAGGGCGGUGGUGCCCAUGGAGGGGGCUAUGGAAGCGGCGGCGGCGGCGGCGGUGGCGGUGGCUCGGGCUCUGGUUCUGGGUCCGGCUAUGGUUCUGGCUAUGGGUCUGGAUAUGGGAGUGGUGGUGGUGGACACCCUUAAUUAACUCCUAGAUCUGCAACCGUCCGCUUGAAGCCCCUCCUCGCCGUAGUUCGCGUAUCGCGUCACUCAAUCGAUCCUAAUUCUUAUCGGCUUGUUUAUUUUGCUUAUCGGUAUUGUUGUAAUAAAAAAUGGAAGGGCUUCUGUCUCAUAAUUAAAAUAAUAAUGGUUAUCAAUAGUUA